AUGGCGACAAUCCAAGAUGACGAUGAACUUCUGCUGGCUCGUAUUGGUUAUAAACAGGAACUACGACGGGAAUUUUCCAAAUGGUCGACGAUUUCCUACGCUAUCUCCAUCCUCGGGGUGCUCGGUUCGGUUCCUGCAACCUUCGGCUCUCCCUUAUCGGUUGGUGGCCCUGCAACGGCAGUUUGGUGCUGGUUGAUUGGCUCCUGCAUGGCCAUGUGCAUCGGGAGUUCCGUAGCGGAGCUAGUGUCCGCAUACCCAACCGCUGGUGGCAUGUAUUUUGUAACCAAACAUGUCGUGCCCAAAGACCAAGUCCCCAUUUUCUCAUGGGUUCAAGGAUGGUGCAAUUUACUGGGUCAGACCGCGGGCGUAUCCAGUGUGGCAUAUACCGUCAGCCAGAUGUUGUUGGCUUGUGUCAGUAUGAAUUCGGAUCUUGUAGAUGGGCAGUAUUCAUAUUCCCCAACUGCACUGCAAACGGUGCUGGUUUCGAUUGGAAUAUUAUGCUUUCUCGGCAUCAUUUGCUCAUUGACAACAAAAUCUCUUCAUCGGAUCAUUCUGUGGUUUGCUCCUAUCAAUAUUGCGGCCACCAUUGGCAUCUGUAUUGCACUAAUAUAUCUUACCCCGGAUAAGAUGCCGGCCUCGUGGGUCUUUACCCACUUCACUGACGGGUCUGGGUGGGGCUCCAAGGUCUUCUCCUUCUUCCUAGGCUUCUUAUCCGUUGCAUGGACGAUGACCGAUUAUGAUGGGACCACGCAUAUGUCGGAAGAGACCCACGAUGCCGCUGUUCGAGGUCCCAUCGCCAUCAAGACCGCCGUCUUAGUCAGUGGAUUCUUCGGAUGGCUGUUGACCGUCUGCAUGUGCUUCUGCCUGACGGACUUUGAAAAAAUCCUGCAUACACCUACCGGCCUGCCGGCUGCGCAGAUCUUCCUCAACGCCGGAGGAAAAGUAGGUGGCACGGCAAUGUGGUCAUUUGCCAUCCUGGUGCAGUUCUUCACCGGCUGCUCGGCCAUGCUGGCUGAUACCAGGAUGGCAUAUGCCUUUGCCAGAGAUAAUGCCCUGCCAUUUUCUAAGUUCCUUUCAAAAGUCAAUACCCAUACGCAUACGCCUGUCAAUGCAGUAUGGUUCGUGGUCAUUUUUAGCAUUGGUCUGAACUGCAUUGCCAUCGGCUCCACUGAAACUGCGACGGCAAUAUUCAGUGUCACGGCGCCAGCGCUCGAUUUGUCUUACGUUUCGGUGAUCUUGGCUCACCAGAUCUACAAAUCCCGGGUCAAGUUUGUGGAGGGUCCCUACACUCUGGGUAGGUGGGGAGCUCCUAUCAACUAUGUCGCCAUUAUCUGGGUCUUGUUCAUUAGCACAAUCCUCUUCUUCCCAAGUCAAAUUCCUGUGACCAAGGCCAACAUGUAUGACUUUCCCUGGAAUAUGAAGUCGGCGUUUACUGAUAAGGCCCCCAGGAACUAUGCCGUCUGUGUGGCGGCUUUUAUUGCCAUGUUUGCUUUGGUAUGGUGGUGGGUUGAGGCUCGAGGCAAAUACACUGGACCUCAAACUAAUGAUACCAUUCACGAAGUCCCAAUCGAGGAUGACGACUACGAGGGAGAUCAUGAAAUCAGCGUGUAG